CAAAAAUGGAUUGCCACACCAGCACCAACAAUCACAUCAGAAAGGGAAAGAUCUGUGUAUGUGUUUGACAGAGGUGAUGUGAGCUUGUUCCUUUGGUCAUUUGCUCGAGCAGCGGUUCUACAAGAGUCCUGUGAGAACUAAUGAUAACAGAUGGAACAAGCACAGCUCAAGUUGGAGGAAGACACUGGAAUAGUCUAAAAUUCAUAGCUGGGCAUAUUUUGGGGUUCAAAGAUCAAAGGAUGUAGUGAAAGCACUGGACUCCAGCAGGGACAGCAAGUGUCUGCAUGUCAUCAUGUCCAGUGAGGAUGACGAUCACUCCGGGCAGCCAGUGUGGCACUCUGUGCUGAUCUUCUGCUGUAAGGGCAUGAUUGAGGGCAUCAUUGUUGUGCUCUUCAUGUGGCUGCUGAUUCAGGUGCUCUUCACUAAGCACCUCGAAGUCCACCUCCAGAUUCUGCUGGGAGUGGGCUUGAUGAUGUUCUGUUUGUCUCUUAUCCUGGGCUGUGUCCUGUGCUGGCGACGGACGAGACAAAAAUGCCCUGAAGACAAAGAACACUCAGCAUCUCCCCCUCCACCUCCAGCUGCUGAUCAUGUGACCCUUGCCAUAAGCCCCUCUCUCUCCACAGAGGCCAUGUCCACCAAAAUGCAGUAUGAGGAGCUAGAAGGGGACGUUCUCGACUAUCCAUCUGCCUUUGGAAGCUCCACACCAUCGGAUGACGAUUUUACUGCUAUAUCUUUUGCCUCAAGGCCUCAUGCUACCUCAGAAUUUAAUGAACAGCCCAAGUCCUGCUUCCCAUUACGACGUCUCAGCUCACCAACCCUCUCCUCACCACUCUACAGGCCAGUGACCAGUGGGCGAUCCUCACUGCCCUCCUUUCCCAAGCUUGGACUCCUGUCGAAGACCCAGAAGGUGCUUAAGCGCCACUGCACUGUGUCAGGGGACACUCGCCCAAACAGUGAGAGCAUACAGCUCACUAUGCCAAGUCCAGUAUCCCUCUGCGCUCUGUCAGGCCAGCUUGUGGAGAAACCUCUGCUUCCCAACUAUGGUUUGAAUUUAAGCUAUAAAGACCCAGAUCCCUGCCUACAUUUUACCCUGACCUUCUCACCAGCACAACGGACCCUCACCAUCACCUUGCUCAGCCUUACAGGGACAGUGCAUAGGCUGGGAGAGUUGUUGGUUCAGGCUAGUCUUGCUCCACUCUGGCCAGGCUUAUUGCAGAUGUCUGACCAGCACCACAGCCUCAGCUCUGACCUCCACAGAAAGAAUCUGGUGUUUGAGGUCAGCACUUUGGAAGCGCUUCAGAGCUGUACACUCAGACUUAUUAUGUUCACCCAGGAAGUAACUGGAACAAAAGCCUCCAUUUUAGGGAGCCUGGAAAUACAGUGUGGGAGAGUAGACUGGAUAUCAGACAGACCCAUCACUUGCACAAGAGCAUUAAGAUGAACUCUGGAUAAUACGCAGAGGGAAACAGUCACAUCAAAUUCACCAGUGCUGUUCCCUGUAUUGGAUUAAGCCACAGGUUCCUGACCCUAGUUCUGGAGUGCCAUUUCCCCUGCACAUUUUAGUGAUUUCCUGCUUUAACACACCUACUUCAACUCCAGAAGUCCCAGGCUUAUUACAAACUAAGGCUUAUUAUUCAGUAAAUGCAUGGACUUCACUGCAAACUGGCUGAGCUAUUCUUAUGUAACAGAAGUGUGCAAUAAAACUUUGGGCGCGCCGCUGGGCUCUGGCCAUACAAGGGGUUAAUUAGCUAGUUAAGUGUGCAUAAAUGACAGUUCUGCAAGACCAGGGCUGGGAACUAUACUAUACUGUAGAACUGUGAAAGCACUCCUCAGUGUGUGAGUGUUUUUGUUGAGCUUGUUGUUGAGUUGGAAACCCAUUUGUUUUAGUCAGAAUGUCUAUAGGGGGAGGCAGGGAGACCCUUGGGCAGCUCUUAGUCAUGCAGCACUAGACUUUGGCCCAUAAAACGAAGGUUGUGGCUGAAAUUAUAGAACAUACCCAAGUAGGCCAACUCAGUACACCCACACCAUCAUGUAUCUGUCUCAUAUGAUUAUUUGAUACAUUCUUUGAAUAUCUCACUGGUUUCACUGAUCAUAGUAUUAUCUUGUUUUAUUGGUCAUUGUGAAACAAAGAACUACAAAUUAAGUGCACAUGGAAUGGAAUUACAUACAGGCAUCAAUAUACCCAUGAUAGAAAUGUCCUUCAAUGUACUGAAAUCAUAAUCAUAGAUUGUAUAUAGCAAAUGUAGCAUGUCAGACUGUUAUGCAAGGGCCUGGGUUUUUAUCCAUAUUCUGCUUUUCAAGCGAGCGCCUAAGUAAGCCUUGAUGUUUGCUUUUAAUGUUUUGGAUUAAAUGAAUGUCUUACAGGCUCUAAGUUC